AUUUCGCGCGGGAGAUUUUAGUCGGCUGGUCGGUCUAUGUGGAAAAAAUGCAGUUUUCUUCAAGACGGGGAGCUUUGAAAUUGGGGGAUAAACAAGAGUCAUAUCCUCUUAGUGUCCAGUUCUAUCUGCAGCCCCCUACUGAAAAUAUUUCUCUGAUGGAGUUCGAAAGUUUUGCAGUUGAUAGAUUAAAAUUACUCAAAGCAGUUGAGAACUUGGGUGUGAGUUAUGUGAAAGGUUGUGACUUUUACCAAGAAAAGCUAGAGUCGGAACUUAAGCACCUUAAAUUUCCAUAUUAUGCUUUGAUUGAAGAUGAUUAUGAUGCAAGGAGAAAAGAUCAUAUUUCUCAUUUUAUACUGCGCCUUGCCUACUGCCAAUCGGAGGAGCUUAAGAGAUGGUUUAUCCAACAAGAAAUGGACCUCUUCCGUUAUCGAUUCAAUCAGCUAUCUCGUCCAUUAGUUGAAAAGUUUCUCCAGUAUGCUAACUUGGGGUAUGAUAUUCUUCCAGAAACUGAAAAGCUGAAUAUGGCAGACAAGCUGAACAAUGCAACUCCUGCAAUUGGUAUCAAUGAACUGAAAAAUAACGUCUUCUAUAAGGUCCCUUUUUGUGAUGCGGUGGAUUUAGUUCGCGUAAGAAAAGUUUACUUGCUUGGUGGAUAUGCUUAUGUUCCUCAACAGGAUUUUGUUACCAUUGUCCUCAACAGUUACAGAACCAAACUCUCGAAAGCUCUGGCGCUAACAGCCCGAUCCCUGCCUGUGGUACAAACUGAUGAGAGACUUCAACCCCUGCUCAAUCACCUCAGCCAUGCAUAUGUUGGUCCAGAUUAUAAUAUUGAAAAAGCAGCGGGGAAAAUUUCAUUGGAACAAAUUGAUGCUCUUUCGGUUAAAUCAUUUCCUCUCUGCAUGCGCCAGCUCCACAAAGCUCUGCGUGAUAACCAUCAUCUCCGCCACGGAGGCCGUAUGCAAUAUGGCUUAUUUCUCAAAGGCAUUGGCUUAACACUAGAGCAAGCGCUGCAGUUCUGGAAGUCUGAAUUCAUCAGAGGAAAAGUAGACGCAGACAAGUUUGAUAAAGGAUAUGCUUACAGCAUCCGCCAUAACUAUGGAAAAGAAGGCAAGAGAACGGAUUAUACUCCAUAUAGCUGCAUGAAAAUUAUCCUGUCCAAUCUCCCAGGCCAAGGGGAUUAUCACGGAUGCCCAUUUCGCCACACUGACCCAGAGCUGCUGAAGCAGAAGCUUCAAUCAUAUAAAAUAUCUCCUUCUGGAAUCGGUCAGGUUUUGGACUUGGUGAAAGGUAUGCAUUAUCAGCUGGCCUGCCAAAAAUACUUCGAACUGACUCAUGAUGUCAAAGAAAUUGGUUUUUCUCUGAGCCAUCCCAAUCAGUACUUUAUAGAAAGUCAGCAGCUACUUGGCAGCAACAGAGAAAUAAAAAAAGAUGAAAGGCAGCUUGAAAGCUCCAAGCUGAAACCCAGCGGCCGGACCCCGGCAGAUAUACCUACGACUUCCUCUUUAAGUACCACAGAAGAAAUGGAGCUGGAAGGGCUCGAGGAUUAUUUUGCUGAAGAUUAAACAAUUCCAUCACUUUU